GGACCAAGAAAUAAUAGUUUUGGAGGGAAGCAACACCAGCCGUCCGAUCCUCCGUGAGUCUAUAUAUAUCAACCGUCUAGGGUUUAUCCCCAAGUAAAACCGUCCCACUGGUUUUCUCUCGUUCCCGCCGGUGAUCGCCGAAUCUGAAGAAGGGGUGAAAAAAGAGGAGAGAUAUGAGAGAAAUCCUUCACGUGCAGGGUGGGCAAUGUGGCAACCAGAUUGGAUCUAAGUUCUGGGAGGUGGUGUGCGAUGAGCAUGGAAUAGAUCCGACCGGGAGGUACACCGGGUCGAUGGAUCUGCAGCUGGAGAGAGUUAACGUAUAUUAUAAUGAAGCCUCUUGUGGAAGAUUUGUUCCUAGGGCUGUUCUGAUGGAUUUGGAGCCGGGAACCAUGGAUAGUGUCAGGACUGGACCUUAUGGUCAGAUAUUUCGCCCUGACAAUUUCGUGUUCGGGCAGUCUGGUGCGGGAAACAACUGGGCCAAGGGACAUUACACUGAGGGCGCUGAACUUAUAGAUUCUGUUCUUGAUGUGGUGAGGAAGGAGGCCGAAAACUGCGACUGUCUUCAAGGUUUUCAAGUAUGUCAUUCACUUGGGGGAGGAACUGGAUCUGGGAUGGGUACUCUCUUGAUUUCUAAAAUCAGGGAGGAGUAUCCUGAUAGGAUGAUGCUCACCUUCUCCGUCUUCCCAUCCCCUAAGGUUUCAGAUACAGUUGUGGAGCCCUAUAAUGCAACUCUCUCCGUGCAUCAGCUGGUAGAGAACGCUGAUGAGUGCAUGGUUCUCGACAAUGAAGCCCUCUACGAUAUCUGUUUCCGUACUCUCAAGUUGACUACUCCUAGCUUCGGUGACCUGAACCACUUGAUCUCUGCUACCAUGAGUGGAGUUACAUGCUGCCUUCGGUUCCCCGGCCAGCUGAACUCCGAUCUGCGAAAACUCGCCGUAAACCUAAUCCCCUUCCCCCGCCUCCAUUUCUUCAUGGUCGGCUUUGCCCCACUCACUUCCCGCGGAUCUCAGCAGUACCGAGCCCUCACUGUUCCUGAGCUUACCCAACAAUUGUGGGAUGCAAAGAACAUGAUGUGUGCUGCCGACCCCCGCCAUGGCCGAUACCUCACAGCCUCCGCCAUGUUCCGUGGCAAAAUGAGCACGAAAGAGGUCGAUGAGCAGAUGAUCAACAUCCAGAACAAGAACUCGUCCUACUUUGUCGAGUGGAUCCCGAACAAUGUGAAGUCGAGCGUGUGUGAUAUUCCGCCCCGAGGCCUAUCCAUGGCUUCUACAUUCAUUGGGAAUUCGACGUCGAUCCAGGAGAUGUUCAGGCGCGUUAGCGAGCAGUUCACCGCCAUGUUCAGGAGGAAGGCCUUCUUGCAUUGGUAUACAGGUGAGGGAAUGGAUGAGAUGGAGUUCACCGAGGCGGAGAGCAACAUGAAUGAUCUCGUGUCGGAGUAUCAGCAGUACCAGGACGCCACCGCCGACGACGAGGUGGAUUACGAGGACGAAGAGGAAGCACAGCAUGAUAAUUAGUUCUUGGUAACUCUUCUGUGCUGUGGAGGUGAUUAGGGUUUUGGGUGUGCUUGAUUGUAUGUUGUGUUGCUAUCUUAU